GAUUGGCACAACUUGUCGUUGUCAGCCCUGAUCGUUAAACGAUGCGCUUGACAUAUACACAUGUCAAAUUCUUUCUAAAAAGUCAAACAAUCGUAUAUGGUUGGGCGCCAAGAGCUAAGCAAAAAGCAUUUAUUUCUGUGAAUAGUUUAAAGAACGACUCGCCUUGUCAAAUGGAGACCAUGGAAGUAGCAGCAACGGCCCAAAUAUUGAACAAUCAUGUUACCAAACCCGAAAAAAUGGAAGAUAUUCCUGCAGAUGAGAUGACUUCCAGAGAUUAUUACUUCGAUUCGUACGCGCAUUUCGGCAUCCAUGAAGAAAUGUUAAAAGAUGAGGUUAGAACGCUUACAUACAGAAAUUCGAUGUACCACAAUAAACACCUAUUCGCUGGGAAAGUAGUCAUGGACAUUGGCUGUGGUACAGGCAUUCUUAGUAUGUUUGCGGCUAAAGCAGGUGCAAAGAAGGUACUCGCUGUUGAGUGCUCCAAUAUAGUGGACUAUGCUAAGCAAAUAAUCGAAGCUAACAAAUUAGAUCACAUCAUUACAAUUGUCAAAGGCAAAGUAGAAGAAAUAACAUUACCUGAGGGAAUAGAAAAAGUUGAUAUCAUCAUUUCAGAAUGGAUGGGUUACUGCCUGUUCUAUGAGAGUAUGCUGGACACAGUUCUAUUUGCACGUGAUAAGUGGUUACAACCUGAUGGGCUCUUGUUUCCUGACCGUUGCUCAUUAUUUGUAACUGCCAUAGAAGAUCGUCAAUAUAAAGAUGAGAAGAUAAAUUGGUGGGAUGAUGUUUAUGGUUUUGACAUGAGUUCCAUUCGCAAAGUGGCAAUAAGUGAGCCUCUCGUAGAUGUAGUUGAUCCUAAACAAGUAGUUACAGGACCAGCUUUAAUUAAAGAAGUAGACUUGUACACUGUCAAAAAAGAAGAUUUGGAUUUCAGUGCACCCUUUAUGCUUACAGUUAGAAGGAAUGAUUACAUUCAAGCAUUGGUUACAUAUUUCACUGUGGAAUUUACAAAAUGCCAUAAACGAAUUGGUUUUACCACUGCCCCAGAUGCUCCAUAUACACACUGGAAACAAACUGUGUUUUAUUUUGAAGAUUAUAUGACUGUUAAGAAGAAUGAAGAAAUCCAAGGAGUCUUCACUAUGAAACCAAACCCACGAAACAACAGAGAUUUAGAUUUUGUCAUUGAACUUAACUUCAAGGGGGAACUUGGAGAAGUACAUGAGACUAAUAGAUAUCGAAUGCGUUAAGUCACUAUUCUUUCCUAAGUUUCAGUGUGAUUGACUUAUUUAAUAAAUCUGCUAAUCCUCUACUUUUGUCUAACCUUGAGUUUGGCUAAAUGCAGGACAUUUUCCCAUUGCAACUUUAUAUUCUUUUGAAUUAGAUUGGCAUUUUGGAAAUUAUCCAAAAUUAGUAAGGUAAUUAAUCAUUAUUAAGUGUAAACUUUGAAGAUCUGUGA